UGUCGACGGAAUCGGGAGUCGAUAAGAAUGUGUAAUCGAUUUCAUAUCCACCAUUACCAACUUAUUUUUCUUAACGACCCUGUUUUAUUGCACAUUGAAAGGCUCUCAGUAUGGCGGGACUAGCAACAAAAGGCUCUGGAUUAGUAAACCGACUUCUCGUUCAGGCGAGACCUCAACUUGAUGUGUUUUUGAAAUACGCCAAGGUGGAGCUAACCCCGCCAACUCCUGGUGACAUUCCAGCUAUUCGUCAGGGCCUUGGCAACUUAAUCAAAAGUGCCAGGACCGGUGCUUACAAAAACCUUUCGGUACGCGAAGCUUGGUUGAACACGCUUGUUACCGCUGAGGUUAUCUUCUGGUUCUACAUUGGCGAAUGCAUCGGCAAGCGUCAUAUAGUUGGAUAUAAUGUCUAGUUCAAUUGAGUAGUGGCCAUUAAAAGUUAUGUUUUCGUGCACUCUAUCCGAAUGAAAUAAACAGGAAAAAGUAACUAA